AUGGCGACGAUACCUCUUAAACAGGCUGACGGCCUCAAACCGCUCUCACGCACCACUUCGGCCGCUUCCACCCCGACCAAACGCAGCUCCCGCAAAGUGAUCAUCAUCGGCGCUGGAGCCGGCGGGACCGCGCUCGCCGCUCGACUCGGUCGUCGGGGUUACAUCGUCACCGUGCUUGAGAAGAACGAUUUCGGAGGAGGCCGAUGCUCGCUCCUCCACCACUCUGGACAUCGAUGGGAUCAAGGACCUUCGCUCUACCUCAUGCCCGAGAUCUUCGAAGCCUGCUUUCGCGAUCUCGGCGAAGACAUCCGCUCCCACAUCCGUCUCCACCAAUGCAACCCCGCUUACCGAAUUCAUUUUGCAGAUGGAGAGAAGAUGAUGCUCUCCUCCAACCUGUCCCAGAUGGGAGAGACGUUGAACUUUUUCGAAAAACGCGCUGGGAACAAGGAGGACCCCCUGACGAACUUUUUGUCUUUCCUCAAGGAGGCGGGGGAAAACUACGAGGAGUCGAUCAAGCACGUGUUGACAAAAGAUUGGAGUGCGUGGUGGGCGUUCUUCCGACCGGAACUGUUUCCGAUGCUGUGGAAGACAAAGGGGUUGAGGAUCUACUCGACGCUGUACGACAGGACGACAAAGUACUUCAAGUCGAGACACGUGAGGAGAGCACUGACGUUUUCGGCCAUGUAUAUGGGCAUGAGUCCGUUCGACGCUCCGGCGACGUACAGCUUGUUGCAGUAUGCAGAAUAUGCGAAGGGGAUCUGGUAUCCGAUCGGUGGAUUCUACAAGGUGGUCGAGGCGAUGGAGAAUGUCGCUAGGGACAAGUUUGGAGUUGAGUUCAGGUACGGAGCGGGGGUGAAGAGGAUUGUGGUGGAUGAGAGAAAGGGGACCGCCAACGGGGUGGAGUUGGAAUCGGGAGAGGUGUUGGAAGCGGAUGUGGUGGUCAGUAAUGCCGAUUUGGUGUGGACGUACAACAACCUGUUGCCGCCAUCGUCGUAUGCGACAAAGCUCAGGAGCAAGGAUCAGACUUGUUCGUCCAUUUCAUUCUACUGGUCUCUCUCCUCCGUAGUGGAAGAACUAGGUGGACACAACAUCUUCCUGGCCGAUGCGUACCAAGAAUCGUUCGACGAAAUCUUCCGCGAUGGAGACACACCUUCCGAGCCAUCCUUCUACGUCAACGUACCGUCUCGACUCGACCCUACCGCUGCACCACCCGGAAAGGACACCCUCGUCAUCCUAGUCCCGUGCGGACCCAUCUCGAUCCCUGAGAAGCCCUGCGCGGACUCGACCAAAGGCGCCCACACACGCUCGCAGUUCGAAGCCACCGUCGCCCGUGCCCGGUCCCAAGUCAUCGCCACCCUAUCCAAACGACUCAACCGACCCGAUUUCGAAUCGCUCAUCUCGCACGAAAUCGUCAACGACCCUUUCGACUGGCAGGACAAGUUCAACCUCUUCCGUGGAUCCAUCCUCGGUCUCUCGCACACCAUCCCGCAGGUCCUCUGGUUCAGACCGAGCAUCCAGCAUGCCAAGUACAACAACCUCUUCUUCGUAGGCGCCUCCACCCAGCCAGGAACCGGUGUACCCGUCGUCGUCGCCGGAAGCGGUGUCGUAGCCGAGAGAGUGUCCGCCUUCCUGGAAGGUAGGGAGAAAGGCUGGUUGAGCUGGGAGGCGGUUCGAGGAAGUAUCUUCUUGGCUGUGCUGGCACUGCUGGGUGUCAUGGUGGCUGGAUUUGCAGCUGGAUUCAUUCUGCUGGGCGUGGUGAUCGCUGUCUCGGUGCAUUUGUUGGGGAUAGCCGAUGUGCCAGGCUUGGUCAGGGGCAAGGUCAUGCCUGAGUGA